AGAGCAUACUCAAGUCUUUCAUACAUUUUCAUCAAGCACAGAUAAAGAUCAAAGAAGAUUAAAUCAUCCUAAUUACUCCUUGCAAGUCUCAGAGCAAGUACCUCCUAAGAACUGGUGGUCAAAGUAUUCACCAACAAAACAAGUAAGCUUAGAAAAACUUUCUCAUAACCCUGACAAAAUGGAAUUUCCUUUAAACCAUUCAGCACCUAAUAAAACCAAUAUAAAGAGCAAUAACUCUGCAUUUUUCUACUUUGACUCCUGUCAACCCCCUUUUCUAGUCUUGCUCCUAUUACUAAUAGCCUAUACUGUGGUCUUAAUUGUGGGCCUUUCUGGAAACCUCUCUCUCAUCAUUAUCAUCUUCAAGAAGCAGAGAGAAGCUCAGAAUGUCACCAACAUACUGAUUACCAAUCUCUCUCUCUCUGACAUCUUGGUAUGUGUUAUGUGCAUCCCUUUUACUGUCAUCUAUACUCUGAUGGACCAUUGGAUAUUUGGAGAUACCAUGUGCAAACUAACUUCCUAUGUACAGAGUGUCUCCAUUUCUGUAUCCAUAUUCUCACUUGUGUUAAUUGCUGUUGAAAGAUAUCAGCUGAUUGUGAACCCCCGUGGCUGGAAGCCCAAUGUAUCUCAUGCCUACUGGGGUAUCACCUUGAUUUGGCUAUUUUCUCUUCUGUUGUCUAUUCCCUUCUUCCUGUCCUACCACCUCACUGAUAUGCCUUUCCACAACCUCUCUCUACCCACUGACCUCUAUACUCACCAUGUUGCCUGUGUAGAGAACUGGCCCUCCAAAAUGAACCAGCUCCUCUUUACUACUUCCAUGUUUAUGCUCCAGUAUUGUUUCCCUCUGAGCUUCAUCCUCAUCUGCUACAUGAAGAUUAUUAUCUGCCUCCAUAAGAGAAAUGGAAAGGUAGACAGGAAGAGAGAAAAUGAGAGCCGGCUCAAUGAGAACAAGAGGAUUAACACAAUGUUGAUCUCCAUCGUGGUGACAUUUGGGGCCUGCUGGUUGCCCUUGAACAUCUUCAAUGUCAUCUUUGACUGGAAUCAUGAGGUGUUGAUGAGCUGCCACCAUGACCUGGUGUUUGUGGUUUGCCACUUGGUUGCUAUGGUUUCUACAUGCAUAAACCCUCUCUUUUAUGGUUUUCUCAACAAAAAUUUCCAAAAGGACCUGGUGGUGCUUAUUCACCACUGCUGGUGCUUUACACCUCAGGAAAGAUAUGAAAAUAUUGCCAUCUCCACUGUGCACACAGAUGAAUCUAAGGGAUCAUUAAGAUUGGCUCCUACAUCAACAGGUAUAUAAAAAUUGUUAACAUG